AUGUUUCCAGGUAUCUCUCGCGAUUCGCGCCACAAGCGCCGCGAAACUGGUGGCAAGCGUAAAGUGCACCGUAAAAAAAGGAAAUUCGAACUCGGGCGUCAGCCUGCUGCUACUAAACUUGGUGGCAAGCGUGUGCACACUGUGCGUGUGCGUGGUGGUCACUUGAAGUUCCGUGCUCUUCACCUUGAGGCCGGUAACUUUUCGUGGGGUACUGAGGUUUGCGCUCGCAAGACGCGUAUCCUUGAUGUCGUGUACAACGCCUCGAACAAUGAGCUGGUGCGUACCAAGACGCUCGUAAAGGGCGCUGUCGUGCUGGUCGACGCUACCCCGUUCCGUCAAUGGUACGAGGCUCACUAUGGUGUCAAGAUUGGCGUCAAGAAGAACUCGGAGAAGGUCGAGGAGGAAGACGUCAAGAAAUCGGAGCAUGUCUUGCGCAAGCUGGCGAAUCGUCAGCGCACACGUGUUCUUGACCCGAAGAUUGACGACCAAGUUGCGUCUGGUCGUUUGUUGGCCGUGAUUUCGUCACGUCCUGGUCAGUCGGGUCGUGCUGAUGGCUACAUUUUGGAAGGCAAGGAGUUGGAGUUCUAUCAGCGUAAACUCGCUACUAAAAAGUCGAAGAAGUAA